UUGUGGAAAAAUGAAUAAAUAUUAUAAAAUAUAUUCUACAUUUUCAUAACUACUAAAACCCUAUAUAUCUUGUGUCAUGUAUAAUCUAACAUACUGUGUGUCUGUCUCUGUAGCUUUAGUUUCAGUCGUUAUUGCAUAUUUAAUUUUAUCUAACAGUAAAUCAGUUUCAAUGGCUAACAAUGGAAUUCUAUUUGUUUCGAAUGCUGCCAAAGCCCAUAAGCUGUGUUCAAAAGUGUCUAAACUUGUUAAGAAUGUUUUAUAUAUAAAAUUUGAUGGCGGCCCCGAGAGUACCCUAUCAAUUAUAAAUAAACAGAUUGUUAAUAUAUAUUCCAAAUGUUGGAUUUAUGAUGUCAGAUUAAUGCUUAAGCCGAGGGACGCACAAACAAAAAUAAAAACGAAUUAUCCUAUUCAAUUAAUAAUGUAUGAUAAAGAAUUAUCCAAAGAAAGUGAUAAACUUAGAAAUUGUCUUGAUAAUAUUCAAACUGAAGUGAUGUUGCAAAGUUUAGACGAAUCUCCUACAAUGGCAUCUUUGACAAAUGAAGAAGUAAAAACAUAUGAGUAUGUUGCACUUGGUGGUACAUUUGACAAAUUACACAAUGGUCACAAGAUUCUCCUGUCACAAGCUGCACUUAGAGCUACCAAGCAUGUCACAGUGGGGGUAACUGAUGUAAAUAUGAUUCAGUCAAAAAUAUUGUGGGAGUUGAUAGAACCAGUUGAGCAAAGAAUAAAAGCCGUUCUUGACUUCCUGACUGAUGUAAACCCUGAACUUGAAUAUAAUGUGUUGCCUAUACAAGAUCUAUAUGGACCCACUAAGCAUGAUGCUAGACUGCAGCUGAUAGUAGUUAGUGAAGAAACGAUUCGCGGAGCUGUAAAAAUUAAUGAGAAGAGAAAAGAGAAUGGUCUCAAUGAACUAGAUAUAUAUACAAUAGAACUGGCUGAGGAUACGAACAAACAGUCAACAGAGGAGGAAACAAAAGUCAGUUCCAGUAACCAACGUAUGCGAUUACUGGGGACUGUGCUAAGGGAACCUAAGCCUAAUCCAAAUAUACCAGACUGGCCAUAUGUUAUCGGUUUAGCUGGCGGCAUUGCCAGCGGGAAGAGUAACAUCACAGAAAAGUUAAAAUCGAAAGGAGCAGCCGUUAUUAAUUGCGAUAUUAUUGCACAUGAAUUGUACAAGCCAGGGCUACCACUAAACCAUACAAUAGCGGAGACAUUCGGCCGUGACGUAAUCACUGAUAGCGGGGAAGUGGACCGGAAGAAACUUGGCAGUAUUGUCUUCGGUGACAAGGAGCAAUUAGAGAGACUCAACCAUCUGGUAUGGCCGGCUGUUAUCGAAGAGGCUCAGAGGCGGAUUAAAGCGCUCGGUGAACAAGGGUACAAAGUUGUGGUGAUGGAAGCUGCGGUGAUGGUGAGGGCCAAGUGGUACACAUAUUGCCACCAGCUGUGGUCGGUCAUCAUUCCACCGAAGGAGGCAAUCAAGAGAUUAAAGGAACGUAACAAUUUGACGGAAGAGGAAGCGAAGCAGCGCGUGGAUGCGCAGCCGUCGAACAAGGAACAAGUCGAUGUGGCAAAUGUUGUCUUCAGUCCGUUUUGGAGCUACGAAUACACGCAAACACAAAUAGACCGAGCCUGGGAUCAAUUACAAUUGUAUUUAAAUAAAAGAAAAUAAUUGUUGACAAAGACACGUAACGAUUGUCAAUUUCGGCCAAAAUGUAUUAAGAUCAUAUAUAUAUUCGAUUUAUCGCGUGAUCAACAGUUGACAUACAUAUAAAUAAUAAAAAAGGAAGGUGAAUUAUAAAAUCUUUUUUACGAUAAUUAUUGUCCAAUGCACUUUGCUUAGUCCCUGGUGUAUUUUUGAUAGAAUUAAUUGUGCCUCUAUAAUUCUAAAAAUAAACCAAUUGUCUGUUUUAUUAAGAAGUAUAAGGUUGAAGGUGUUUUUAAGAGGUUUUAUACUUGUUAUAUUUAUGUAUAGCCUAUUCCAAUCAUGUAAGGUGGAUGUGAAGUGAACAGACGCGAUAUCAUUGGUCGAGAUCUUGUAUAUAAUCUAUGGUAUUCAUAAUUGAAUCAUGAAUAAUAACGUUUUGAAUGACGGCGAAGUUUCUAUCGGGACUUUAUUAAGAUUAAACACACAAGUACUUAAGUGGAAUAGUGUUGUAUUUUAAGUUAAUAUACUAUAUUCAUUAAGAACUGUUUGUAGUACAUUAUAUAGCACAGCUAUUGGGAAAGAGAACGGAAUAUUUAAAAUUAAGGUUUGUUUAUCUUCACUCCUACGAUUGGAAUAGUCUAUAACUUAUUGAAAUAGGCAAACUUAACAUAAUGAUUUUAUUUAAAAAGCCUUGUUAUGUUACGUUAAUAAAUUUGUUUGUCUAUAUUUUGUUAUUCUUCUAUUACCUACGUUCAUGGUAAUGAAAUGACAAUAACGACCUAAUCUAAGAUUAAUUUGACAACUAUCCGCAUUUUUUUUAUAUACUAUUUUAUUCUAACCUAGCCCAUUUUUAUUUGCCUUUCGUUGUAUCUUUUUAGUAAUUAAAUUAUAUUUCGUUAUAUAUUAAAAGUAAGCUUAAACAUGCCAUUGAUAAUAAUAUAUUAAGCAAUACAUAUAAUCUUUUACAAGCAUUUCUAUGACGAUUAUAUAAUGUUAAUAUGA